UUGGUAGGCUCCCACGACUCCGUCUCCAGCUACUCCACCGUCCAACACCACGCUCCAGCCGUCCACACAUACGCAGCUCAAACCCCCGUUGUUCACGCCUACUCCGCACCAGUAGCCCACGCCUACGCUGCUCCAGUAGCUCACGCCGUACCCGUAACCAAGACCGUCAUCGCCGAAGCCGAAGCACCAGCCCACUACGAUUUUGGCUACUCUGUAAGCGACCCCCACACCGGUGACUCCAAAAGCCAACAUGAAUCAAGACGCGGGGAUGUCGUACAAGGAAGCUACUCCCUUUUGGAAUCCGAUGGAACCAAACGUACCGUAGACUACACCGCUGAUGCACACAACGGUUUCAACGCCGUCGUUCACAAAGAACCUGCUCAUGUAGCCGUCCAUUCUGUAGCCCCCGUUGUCGCUAAGGUCGCCGCUCCUGUAGCUUACGCUGCCGUCCCUAUAGCUCACGCCUACUCCGCCCCAGUAGCCCAUGCUUACACUGCCUCAGUAUCUCACGGUUACGCUGUUGCUCCUGUAGCUCACGCCUACAACGCUCCAGUAGCUCAUGGUUACGCUGCUUCUCCUGUAGGUCAAGCCUACAGCGCUCAAGUAGCUCAUGGAUACGCAGGUCACGGAUACGCAGCUCAAGCUCCAGUUCUUUCUCAUGGAUAUGCCAGUCAUGGUUAUGCUGCCCAUGGUCCAGUUGUCAGCGCACACAAUGUCUGGUAA